AUGGAUGAGAAGAGCCCGCAGCAUGGCGUGGACUCUGAUGUCAGCCAUGAAGAGUUGCCAAUGAAGAACAGGUCGGCUGUUGCCUCGAUCAACCUGAACAAGAACCUCGAUGCGAAAGUCAGCAAUCCAUUGGCCGACAUACCAUACGAUGAACUCAUGCGCGAUGUUGAGGUCUUUGCUUCGGAGAAAGGCCUCCAAGAGCAUACCGAACUACUGAAGAAAGGCGCACUCAUCGCCCAAGACCCUGCCAACUUCGAGAACCUCAACAUUCUGGACGACGCCGACAAGGAAGCGCUUCGAUUUGAGGCGGCACACAAGUGGAGGCACCCGGUCGCCCUGUACUUCACCAUUAUUGUAUGCUCCAUCGGCGCUGCUGUACAGGGUUGGGAUCAGACUGGAUCGAACGGCGCCAACUUGUCCUUUCCACUGGAGUUUGGCAUUGGCUGCGGAGAAGAUCCUACAUGUCCCACUCAAAUCCGCGACAGCUGGCUCGUUGGUCUUGUCAACGCUGGCCCAUACAUUGGAAGUGCUUUUAUCGGGUGCUGGCUAUCUGAUCCUUGCAACUUCUACCUCGGCCGCCGCGGUACCAUCUUCGUCUCUGCUAUCUUCUGUCUCAUUACGCCUAUCGGCGGUGCUUUGACACAGACCUGGGAACAGCUCUUCAUCACCCGCAUCUUGAUGGGCAUUGGCAUGGGUCUGAAAGGCGCUUCUGUUCCCAUCUUUGCCGCUGAGAACAGCCCUGCUAAGAUCCGUGGCGCUCUGGUCAUGUCCUGGCAGAUGUGGACAGCCUUCGGCAUCUUCCUCGGAUUCUGUGCCAAUCUUGCUGUAUACUCAGUCGGAGAUAUUGCCUGGAGACUGCAGAUUGGGUCGGCCUUCAUUCCAGCCGUCCCUCUCACGCUCGGCAUCUACUUCUGCCCCGAAUCUCCAAGAUGGUAUAUGAAGAAAGACCGGUAUCCCAAAGCCUACAAGUCACUGCUGAGAUUACGCUUUCAGCCACUCCAGGCAGCUCGGGAUUUAUACUACAUCCACUGCCAGCUUCAGAUUGAGAAGAGCAUCGUCGGCGAUAGCAACUAUUUCAGCCGCUUCGCCCAGCUUUUCACGAUUCCCCGUGUCAGGCGAGCCACUUUGGCCAGUUUCGUAGUCAUGAUUGCGCAGCAGAUGUGUGGUAUCAACAUCAUUGCGUUUUACAGCUCUACUGUCUUCAAGGAGGCGGGCGUAUCCGAGAGGACUGCACUCAUCGCCUCUUUCGGAUUCGGUCUCGUCAAUUUUGUGUUCGCAUGGCCCGCCAUCUGGACAAUCGACACCUUUGGUCGCUGGGCUUUGUUACUCUUCACCUUCCCGAACAUGGCUUGGACUUUGCUUGCAGCAGGUCUUUGCUUCCUGAUUCCCGGCGAAGGAUCGGGGCGCCUUGGAGCGAUUGCACUCUUCAUCUAUCUCUUCGCUGCCUUCUACAGUCCAGGAGAAGGACCCGUACCCUUCACCUACUCCGCCGAAGUCUUCCCGCUCUCGCACAGAGAAGUCGGCAUGGGAUGGGCAGUCGCGACAUGUCUCUUCUGGGCUGCCGUGCUGUCCAUAUCCUUCCCAGCCAUCCUGACCGCCAUGACGCCGACUGGUGCAUUCGGCUUCUACGCCGGCCUCAACGUCGUUGCUCUCAUCAUGAUCUUCUUCUUCGUUCCAGAAACGAAGCAACGCACACUUGAAGAGCUCGACUACAUCUUUGGCGUACCUACUGGCCGAUUCAUGCAGUACCAGACGACGGAAGCGUUUCCUUGGUGGUUCAAGCGAUGGGUCUUGUUCAAGAAGUCUGCAAAGCUCGCACCGCUCUACAGCUUUGAUGAGACGAUUGGUGAGCGAGAGUCUCGUAAGGUGAGCGUGGCAUGA